UCUCGCUUCCUUCUUCCACACAGAGCCGUUGGGGGUUGGCGGGGUCUGAGCCACUGCAGAGGGUGCCACACAGUGCCCGGCAGUGUGGGCUGGGGCCUUGUCACUAAAGCAAAGAAGUCAUUUCUAGGCCGGGGAGGCAGCUGUCCCAUGCUCUGCUGAGCGCGGUACCAUGCCUCCACUCCUCCUCCUGCUGCCGCUGCUGUUGGCGCCAUUGGGCGCAGCCUCCGCUCAGGACGGUGCCGCUAAGGGCGCCGCAGCCCCUGCACUCAGCCGGAGACGGAGACAGGUGACCCUGGAAGAUGACUCCCACUAUGAGUCUGAAGACUAUUACUACUACACAGACCCUCCAGAAACGCUCCCAACACUGGGCCGUCUGCGGGCAGGUUCUGAAGGGCCUGGAAGCCCUGAACCACCCACUGUGGAGGCCAGCAAAGAGCUGGUCACACGGCCGAGUCCAGUCACAGUGGAUAUGGUCACAGAACUGAGCUCUGUGACUGUCUCUACCACAGAGACACCAUUCAAAGAAGGGGCCUUGUCUAUGCAACCAGCAGCCACAGAGGCAGAGACCACGCAACCAGCAGCCACAGAGGCAGAGACCACACAGCCUAUACCCACGGAGGCAGAGACCAUGCAGCCUGCACCCAUGGAGGCAGAGACCACGCAGCCUGCACCCACGGAGGCAGAGACCACACAGCCUAUACCCACGGAGGCAGAGACCACGCAGUCUGCACCUACGGAGGCAGAGACCACGCAGCCUAUACCCACGGAGGCAGAGACCACACAACCUACACCCAUGGAGGCAGAGACCACACAGCCUGCACCCACGGAGGCAGAGACCACGCAGCCUGCACCCACGGAGGCAGAGACCACACAGCCUGCACCCACAGAGGCAGAGACCACACAGCCUACACCCACGGAGGCAGAGACCACACAGCCUGCACCCACGGAGGCAGAGACCACGCAGCCUGCACCCACGGAGGCAGAGACCACGCAGCCUGCACCCACGGAGGCAGAGACCACGGAAGCCAGCCCCACCAUCACCUUUCUUGGGCACUCUGUCAUUCGAAAUGACACCACAGUGGCAGCCAGCAACUUGUCCAGCUCGGGCCUGAAAAAAGAGCUGGCUGUGCCCACUGGGAGCUCCGUGGCCCCCACCCCCACCGAGGCCUUGGGGCGGAUCCCCGUGAAGCAGUGCCUGCUGGCCAUCCUCAUCCUGGCGCUGGUGGCCACCAUCUUCCUCGUGUGCACGGUGGUGCUGGCGGUCCGCCUCUCCCGCAUGGGCCACACGUACCCAGUGCGCAGCUACUCGCCCACCGAGAUGGUCUGCAUCUCGUCCCUGCUGCCUGAUGGGGGAGAGGGAGCCACUGCCACGGCCAACGGGGGUGUGAGCAGGGGCCGGGACCUCAAGGCAGAGCGCAGGGAGGACCGCGAGGGGGACGAUCUGACCCUGCACAGCUUCCUCCCUUAGCCGCCCGGGAGGCCCCAGCCCCCGCCCCUGCACAGACCCGCAGGAGACCCCAGGAGCGGGGUCUGCGGACAGGACUGUGGCCACAGCAGCCAGGCUCCCGCAGCCAGGCGGGCCCAGCCGGAGAGCACCUCCUCCUCCCUCCUGCUGUGCCGCAGCUGGCUGCCCCCGGCCAGCACCAAGGCAGGCGGCCACCCUGCCUGAGAGACCCUCGCCCCUUCCUUGUCCCGUGGCAGUUCGGGGUCCUCUCCGUGCCCCGUUGCUGUCUGCUGCCCUCCUCCCUCCGGGCCACAGGGGCUCAUCCCCAGGUACCAAGGAAGACUGAGUUCCCCUAUCCGACUCCCACAGCCCCCGCCACUUCCUUCUGGUUGCCAUGGCGGCCAGCUAGGACGGCCCGCUGGGGGGAGGGGCGCUGAGCGAGCCUGAUUCCCCAGGCCGCCCCAGGAGGAGCAGCCGGGGGGUUCUUGGGCACUGCUCUGGGAACCCGAGGAAGCCCUCAGCCUGUGGGGGCUCGGGAAAGUGGACCCGCUUUGGGCCACCAGAUUCCGUCUGGGGCCAGAGCGACCCCACUCUGCCCUCGCUUGCUUUUCCCUGUGGCGACGUUUCAGGAUGGGCUCUGUCCUGUUCUCAGCAGUGUCCCCCAGGCCUCCAGCACAGCCUCAAUAAAUGUGUGAUGAAGGAUA